UUGUCUUCGCUCGGGUUUCCAUUUUCACAGGACGCGAUCAGAACAACAAUAAUAUGGAUCCGGACAUGGAGGACAAAACCCUGGAGCUGAUGUGUUCUUUGCCUCGUUCUGUCUGGCUGGGUUGUUCUUCAGUGGCAGAGAGUCUGUGUGCUCUCAGAUGCCUGCAGAGUCUCUCCACGUCCCGGGCUCACAACCAGAACAUGACAGUGAUGGAGCCACAGAAUCACACAGAUGAUGUCUCGGCAAUGAAAACGACAGUAUUCAAGUUAGGGAACGGUUCAGUUCCGGGUUUGAGGAAGAGGUCGUCUCAGGGGAACUUCGAGAAGGAGAAAGAUCUGUGUAUCCAGCUGUUUGAUCAGUGGUCUGAAUCUGAUCAGGUGGAGUUUGUGGAACAUCUGAUCUCACGCAUGUGCCAUUACCAACACGGCCAUAUAAACUCUUACCUUAAACCCAUGUUACAGAGAGACUUCAUCACCGCGCUGCCAGCUCAGGGUCUGGAUCACAUAGCGGAGAACAUCCUCUCGUUUCUGGACGCUCGCUCUCUGUGCUCCGCGGAGCUUGUGUGCCGGGAUUGGCAGCGCGUCAUUUCAGACGGAAUGCUCUGGAAGAAACUCAUCGAGAGGAUGGUGCGCACGGAUCCGCUUUGGAAAGGACUGUCAGAGCGACAUCAGUGGGAGAACUAUUUAUUCAAGAACCGAACAAAUGAGGUUCCGCCCAAUUCAUACUAUCGUUCACUCUAUCCCAAAAUUAUACAGGACAUCGAGACGAUUGAAGCGAACUGGCGGUGCGGCCGUCACAAUCUUCAGCGGAUUCAGUGUCGAUCCGAGAACAGUAAAGGAGUUUACUGCCUUCAGUACGACGAUGAGAAGAUCAUCAGCGGCCUACGAGACAACUCCAUCAAAAUCUGGGAUAAGCAGUCUCUGGACUGUUUGAAGAUUCUGACGGGUCACACCGGAUCAGUUCUGUGUCUGCAGUAUGAUGAGAGAGUCAUAGUGACGGGAUCCUCUGAUUCUACUGUCAGGGUAUGGGAUGUUGGUUCUGGAGAUGUUCUAAACACUCUGAUCCAUCAUAACGAGGCGGUUCUGCACCUGCGGUUCUGUAACGGGUUGAUGGUCACAUGUUCUAAAGAUCGCUCCAUUGCCGUAUGGGACAUGGCGUCUGCUACCGACAUCAGUUUGCGGCGUGUGCUCGUGGGUCACCGCGCCGCCGUUAACGUGGUCGAUUUUGAUGACAAAUACAUUGUGUCUGCAUCUGGAGACAGAACAAUUAAAGUGUGGAGCACCAGCACGUGUGAGUUUGUGCGGACUCUGAACGGUCAUAAGCGUGGCAUCGCAUGUCUGCAGUACAGAGACAGACUCGUGGUUAGCGGCUCUUCGGACAACACUAUCAGACUGUGGGACAUUGAGUGUGGUGCGUGUCUGCGUGUUUUGGAGGGUCAUGAGGAGCUCGUGCGCUGCAUCAGAUUUGAUAACAAGCGGAUUGUGAGCGGAGCGUAUGAUGGGAAAAUUAAAGUUUGGGAUUUACAGGCUGCUUUGGAUCCUCGAGCCCCUGCCAGUACAUUAUGUCUGCGUACACUUGUGGAGCAUUCUGGGCGUGUGUUCCGACUGCAGUUUGAUGAGUUCCAGAUUAUUAGCAGUUCCCAUGAUGACACAAUCCUUAUAUGGGACUUCCUGAAUGACUCCACCAAUGGACAGUCAGAGGGUCAGUCGCCCUCACGGACCUACACAUACAUCUCAAGAUAGCAGGUGCCUCAUCUAUGUGCCAAUGUGUCUUGGGAGAGCUGAGAGCUGGUUGGUUGUUGGCUGUGUCCGUCACAGAAUCGUGUCCAGUGAUCUGCCUCUUCUUUCUGUCUGGCUGAAAAGUUCAAAAACACAAACGAACACAUAUUCCUGCUUUUGCCAAACACAAAACACACAUUUGAUUAUUCAAUAUACCCUCUGCACUAAACAUCACAAACACUCGUAGAACUCUUCCAAAAUUCGAAGCACUGUCCCAGAGCAACUUUAGCACCGUUCCUAGUGGAUAAAUGACAAGCACAAACACACACACACACAGAUGUUUAAUAGCUUCAAACUGUAUCCAUCACUGCUGCUCAAAUAACCCCAACAUCAAGUCAUACUCACAAGCUCUGCACUAAUAACUCAUAUAAACAGACAGAAAUUAGCCAGAAAAUACUUUAUGAACUGCUGUGCGAGAAAAAGAGACUCAUUAAAUCUGCAGGAGGUAAACAUGAAACAAACUGAUGCAGAAAUGAACGAGAACAGAUUCAUGAAUGGUGUUUAUCGCUUUUCUGCCCACUCGCCCUUGUUUUCUCGCCACACCUCUCUUCAGGACCCAGGACACACUCGUUUUUCAGGACGACGUUGUGGAGCGACAUGCAUGCGAGGUUCAGCUGCGUGACUGUCUGCUCAUGCCUCUUUACAUUUUGUCUCGUCUUUUAUUGUUUUGUUUUUUUUUUAAUCAAAUUUGGUUCUCCAUCUCUUUAGUAUGGUUGUGCUAGGCAUUGUUAAUCUUUCUCUCACGAUGUCUAGUAGCUUUCUUUUUGCCUGCUUGCUCAUCGAGGGCUAUACCUAGUUGUAAACAGAACUGUCUUGUCAAAAUGUGCUGUACAUGAAAAAGAGUUUUUUUAAGAAAACAAAUAUUGUGAAUAAAGUACGUGACCAUGUGUAUGACCAUUGAGUGUGUUUCUGGUCUAAAGCUUGCCACUUUAAAGGGAUAAUUCACCCAAUAAUAUGGAAAAAAGUGACUGAGGUUAACGUUCUGCCUUGUGGAUGAAAGUCACGUGGGUUUGGAACAACAUGAGACUUUCUGUGAACUAUACCUUUAAUUAAAUGCAGUCUUAGGCAUUAGGAAAAUCCCAAUUGACUUUCAGUAAUGAGCAAAUAUGACUUUUGACCUUAGUGGUAUGUCCUUGCAGCUGUUCUCUCAAAGGAACCACCAGGUGGCACAGGACACCACAAACACUCGUCUAAAUUGACCCGCGUUCAUCCAGAACCGAACAAGUCUGAACGUUCCUGAUAAACUGCUGGUUAAAGUGUUUGAUUGAUUCAAUAAUAAGCGGAUGACAGUGCCGUGGGCUGUGGAUUAUUUCAGACUCAUGCCAAGUGAGGCAGAAGUAUUAGAGAGAUCCUGUCUUGUCUUGGUUUGUGUGGGCGUAGAUUUGGCUUGAACACUAUUGGGGGUUACCCCCCCCCCCGGAA